CGUACAGGCGGGUCGUUAUAACUCCAUUGUAAUAAACACUUGUAAUAAACCGCGUUGGUCAGUAAAAGUGAAUUUGAGUGUUUCACUAUUCCUCAAUAGGCUGGAUUUUAUCGAACAAAUAUUUUGGUGUAUUAAAAGGGACCUACUGGAAGAUUGUGGGAUACAAAAACUUAAAUAUGCCGGCCGAUAUUUUGGAGAACACUUCGUCGGCCUCUGUUGUAUCCACACCUUCGAGGGCGAAUGGAAAUCCGGAUAAACCAAAGACUGCCUCGGAGCACAGAAAGUCUUCUAAGCCAAUAAUGGAGAAGAGAAGACGCGCGCGAAUCAAUGACAGCCUUGGACAGCUCAAGACCCUCAUCCUGGAUGCGCUAAAGAAAGAUAGCUCCAGACAUUCGAAGCUUGAGAAGGCAGACAUCCUUGAGAUGACUGUGAAGCACCUUAGGAAUAUGCAGCGUCUUCAAAUUACUGCUGCUAUAAGCACAGAUCAAUCAGUCAUUGGCAAGUACAGAGAUGGAUUCAGCGAGUGCAUAAGUGAAGUCACCCGUUUUCUGUCCACAUGUGGAGGGGUGAACACAGAUGUCAGGAGCCAACUUCUCAGCCACUUAGCUAGCUGCGUGUCACAGAUAAACACCAUGAGCUUCUCAACUCAACGCCAAAUCUCCACCUACUGCCAGCGUCCAGCGCCUGUCCAGUCCAUUUCGCCAACACCAGCUGCGUCGCCUCAGUUGAAUGGAGUCAUGUCUUGCAAAAGUGGCUCGCCGCUCAACUUCUCAUCAGAAUUCGCUAAACUCUACAGUGGACUUCAGAUUGUGCCGGCGACAGAUGGACAAUUCGCCUUUCUGAUUCCAAGUUCUGCUCUUGCACAUAUCAACGCGCCAAACGCGCAGCACGGUAAUCCGGGACUAGCGGUGGCGGUUUCACCUGUCUUGGCUCCUAUCACCGCUGAUUCGGUGUGGAGACCGUGGUAGUGUAGCGCACUCAUUAGAUUGAUGGACUUACACGCACUAUGAGGCCUUUUUUAACGGAAGGUACACACACUGUCAGACUUCUUGUAUAUUUUUGUACAGGCUGUUCAAAGCUGAAUGUUUACACGUUAUUCUCUGAUCCAGGAUACCAUAGACUGUAUUGUUUAUGUUUGUAUGUCAGUGAUCGUGUUAUUGUUGAAACGGAAAAUAUGGUUCAGAUGUUUUCCUUCAGGAAAUCAAUACACUGUUCAAAAUAAAUUAAAAUUCUCAAUACUU